ACAACUGCCAGAGCUCUGCCCUCUCAGAAUAAAGUCCUUCUUCAAAUGAAAAGCAAGGAAGAGGUGGAAGUGACAGAAAUUGAACUUCUUAAAGCCAUGUCCCCGGGUUCAGUGACAUUCACAGAUGUUGCCAUAGACUUUUCCCAAGAUGAGUGGGAAUGGCUGAAUUGUGCUCAGAGGAGUUUGUACAGGAAGGUGAUGUUGGAGAACUACAGGAACCUUGUUUCAGUGGGUCUUUGCAUUUCUAAACCAGAUGUGAUCUCCUUAUUGGAGCAAGAGAAAGAGCCCUGGGUGAUGAAAGGAAAGAUGACAGGAGGCCUGUGCCCAGACUUGGAGUAUGUGUGGGUGACCAAGGAAUUAUCUCCAAACCAGGAUGUUUAUGAAGAAAAAUUAUCCCAGGCAAUAGUAAUGGAAAGACUUACAAGCUAUGACCUUGAUUGUUCCACAUUAGAGGAAAACUGGAAAUGUGAAGGCCUGUUUGAGAGGGAGCUGGUAAGGCAGAAGGCAAAUUUUAGGCAAGACACAAUCACGCAUAUAGAUACCCUUAUUGAGAAAAGAGACCACUCUAACAAAUAUGGGAUAGUUUUCCCACUGAAUACAUUAUCUUAUAUAAAACAGGUUUUUCCCAUUGGAAAGAGAAUAUAUAAUUUUGAUACAGAUACAGAAAGUUUACAAACACAUUCAGUUAUUAAAAAACACAAGCAAGUCUAUGAAGAAAAGAAACUUUUAAAAUGUAAUGAUUGUGAGAAAAUGUUCAGCAAAAUCUCAACCCUUACUCUUCAUCAAAGAAUUCAUACCGGAGAGAAACCCUAUGAAUGUAUUGAAUGUGGGAAGGCCUUCAGCCAGAGUGCCCACCUUGCUCAACAUCAGAGAAUACACACAGGUGAAAAACCCUUUGAAUGUACUGAAUGUGGGAAAGCCUUCAGUCAGAAUGCUCAUCUUGUUCAACAUCAGAGAGUUCAUACUGGAGAAAAACCUUAUCAAUGUAAGCAGUGUAAUAAAGCCUUCAGCCAGCUUGCACACCUUGCUCAACACCAGAGGGUUCAUACUGGAGAGAAACCUUAUGAAUGUACUGAAUGCAGUAAGGCUUUUAGUGUUUGUUCAUCCCUAGCUCAUCAUCGAAGGAUUCACACUGGGAAAAGACCCUAUGAAUGUAUUGACUGUGGGAAAGCUUUCAGGCAGAAUGCUUCUCUCAUACGUCAUCGGCGAUAUUACCAUACUGGAGAGAAACCCUUUGAUUGUAUUGAUUGUGGGAAAGCUUUCACUGAUCACGUAGGACUUAUUCAGCAUAAGAGAAUUCAUACUGGAGAGAGACCUUACAAAUGUAACAUGUGUGGGAAGGCUUUUAGACAUGGCUCAUCCCUAACAGUACAUCAGAGAAUUCACACAGGAGAGAAACCUUAUGAAUGUAAUAUCUGUGAGAAAGCCUUUAGCCAUCGUGGCUCACUUACUCUGCAUCAAAGAGUUCAUACUGGAGAGAAACCCUAUGAAUGUAAGGAGUGUGGGAAAGCUUUUCGACAGAGCUCACACCUCGCUCAUCAUCAGAGAAUUCAUACUGGAGAGAAACCUUAUGAGUGCAAGGAGUGCAGUAAAACCUUCAGCCAAAAUGCACACCUUGCACAGCAUCAGAGAAUUCAUACUGGAGAGAAACCUUAUGAAUGCAAGGAGUGCAGCAAAACCUUCAGCCAAAAUGUACACCUUGUGCAGCAUCAGAAAAUGCACACUGGAGAGAAACCUUAUGAAUGUAAAGAAUGUGAUAAGGCUUUUGCUCAGAUUGCACACCUUGUGCAACACCAGAGAGUUCAUACUGGUGAGAAACCUUAUGAAUGUACUGAGUGUGGGAAAGCCUUUAGCGGUGGCUCCUACCUUGUUCAACAUCAGAGACUCCACACUGGCAAAAGGCCUUAUGAAUGUCUUGAAUGUGGGAAGGCGUUCAUGCAGAGGGCAUCCCUUAUUUGUCAUCAAAGAUGUCAUACUGGUGAGAAACCUUAUGAAUGUAAUGUUUGUGGGAAAGCCUUUAGCCAUCGUAAAUCCCUUACUCUACAUCAGAGAAUUCAUACGCGAGAGAAACCUUAUGAGUGUAAGGAAUGUAGCAAAGCCUUCAGCCAGAUUGCCCAUCUUACACUACAUAAGAGAAUUCAUACUGGAGAAAGUCCCUAUGAAUGUAAAGACUGUGGAAAAGCCUUCAGGCAGAGUGUACAUCUUGCUCAUCAUCAGUGAAUUCAUACUGGAGAGUCAUCCUCAAUUAUUCCCUCCUCCUUACUUCCAUAUCACCAAUCCUGUAGAUUGAACCUUCUGAAUGUAGAAUUCAUCCACUUUUUCCUAGUCCGUAUCCUGUCAUCAUAGUCCGAGAUGCAACCAUCUCAUUUGGAUUUCUGCAGUAGUGUACCUAUUGUGCUUCUUGCUCCUUUCAAGAGCGUUUUAACACUUUAGUCAGUGUAAUCUUUUAAAAAUAAAAAUAUAUAUCUUGUUACUUUUCCAUUUGAAA